AUGAAAUCGGUGGUUUUUCACUGCAUUAGACCUUGUUCUGUUUCUUCAUUUCCUGUUUUUGCUACCCGACGAUGGAAGGGCGGCAUCAAGACAAUAGAGCAAGUGAGGAAGGAAAUAGAAGCUGAAGAAGCUGCAGCAGAUGGCAAGAGGAGAAGCAUUAUGGAAUACUUCCACUACACUGACAGACCUGCUGGCCGAGGUUAUACAGGUUUUGGUGGUACUCGGUAUAGAAAUAGGCCAUGGGUUUGGCCCCCAUUGAAAAGAGGUCUUCAAGUCACUGGUAUUGUAUGUUGUGUGCUAGCGCUCCCAUUCACUACUUCUCAGAAUUCUUCCCUGCACUCCUAUUUAUUUGUCGAUGUAGAGAAGUCGAUAAGUCAGGAGGUGCGCCGGUUUAUGACAUCUGUACUAUAA